AUGUAUGUAUUGCGCGUGUGUUUAUUAUCUGAAUAGUUUAUUCUCUUAUAACACUGUCAGCUUAUUGGGUGUGUCCUGCUUUGACAAACCCGAUUUCUUUUGCUCACAUAGUUUUUUUCCUCCCCAAUAUAAGACACCUGUAAGUGGUAGCAGCACAAAGGUAAUGUCUCUCUCUCUCUCUCUCUCUCUCUCUCUCUCUCUCUUUCUUUCUUUCACACACACAUCACAAUAACAGGAGCCAGGUUGCAGCCAUAGCAACGCCACCGGUGCGCUCUUAUCCUUAAACUGGUGUGUGGAUGGAAAGCAGAGGGCUGUUGCUGCUUUGAACUCCACCUUCCUCCGCCACCGCCCAAUUGUCGCCAGGUUUCAAGGUACAGGAGCUGACCUGUCUUUGUCUUUUUUUUUUGUGCCUGUUGAUGGAUGAGGCGGAAGAAGGCGAGGAGGAGCCCAAAUUCCAACAGCCUCGACCACCUCAAGUAGCCAGCUUGGCAGGACGCGGGGAUCAUGGGAGCAGCGGAGGUACCAAGAUGAAGAAAUUGACGCCAGGAGGCGGAGUCGCGUCCAUUGCGCGCAAAAACUCCAACAACAAUGAGCUGUGGCUCCUGGAGGAUGAGGACUCCGCACCUGUCAGUGCCAGUGGCAGCACAUCCUCUGCUCUGUUAUGCCAGAGGGAUGCUGCCGGCGGUUCAGAGUCAGACCACACGGGUGGAGGGGACACAGUGUCAGAGCCAGGCGUGUUAGGAGAAAGCGCCAUCGGUAUGAUAUGCAACAAAAACGGAGAUUGUAGAAGGGACCCGACCAGUUCAGGGAGCCUCUCUUCUCUCAUCUCCAAGCAGGAGAAGCAGGCAGAUGGAGUAGCAGCAGCAGCAGCAGCAGCAACAGCAGCUGAAGACUGCAAAGCUCCAAUCAUGGACGGCACCAUCACUUCAGCGACCCCCCUGACACAGGGGCAUGGGGACGAGGUCAGGACCGCGACAGGGACGGACAAAAAGGACUCUAGAGUUUCCUUCUCCUACCCCCCGACUAGUAAAGGACAGACCCCGAGUGUGGAGUCUAGAAACUCUGUCACGUUUUCCAAAGCUGAGGACGGCUCUCAGAUAGUGCCGGAUGAUGGAGACGUCAGGGGAAAUCAGACUUACAUGCAGCGGCAGUUUAGUUCCAUGCUUCAGCCCGGAGUUAACAAAUUCUCCCUGCGCAUGUUUGGCAGCCAGAAGGCGGUGGAGAAAGAGCAAGAGCGCGUAAAGUCAGCGGGUAAUUGGAUUAUCCACCCAUACAGCGACUUCAGGUUCUACUGGGACUUCACCAUGCUGAUGUUCAUGGUGGGCAACUUGAUAAUCAUCCCUGUGGGCAUCACCUUCUUCAAAGACGAGACCACCACACCCUGGAUCAUCUUCAACGUAGUUUCUGACACCUUCUUCCUCAUGGACUUGGUGCUGAACUUCAGGACCGGCAUCGUGUUUGAGGACAACACAGAGAUCAUCCUCGAUCCUGAGAAGAUAAAGAAAAAGUACCUAAAGACCUGGUUUGUCGUGGACUUUGUCUCUUCCAUACCUGUGGAUUAUAUCUUCCUCAUCGUGGAGAAAGGGAUCGACUCUGAGGUGUACAAGACGGCCCGGGCCCUCCGCAUCGUCCGCUUUACUAAGAUCCUCAGUCUGCUGCGGCUGCUGAGGCUGUCCAGACUCAUCCGUUACAUCCACCAGUGGGAGGAGAUCUUCCACAUGACCUACGACCUGGCGAGCGCUGUGAUGCGAAUAUUCAACCUGAUUGGUAUGAUGCUGCUGCUGUGUCACUGGGAUGGCUGUCUCCAGUUCCUGGUUCCCAUGUUGCAGGACUUUCCAUCUGACUGCUGGGUCUCUCUCAACAAGAUGGUGAAUGACUCAUGGAGCGAGCUCUACUCCUUUGCCCUCUUUAAGGCCAUGAGCCACAUGCUGUGCAUUGGCUAUGGAAGACAAGCCCCAGAGAGCAUGUCGGACAUCUGGUUGACCAUGCUCAGUAUGAUUGUCGGAGCCACCUGUUACGCCAUGUUCAUCGGUCACGCAACCGCGCUCAUCCAGUCUUUGGACUCAUCCAGACGACAAUACCAAGAAAAGUACAAACAAGUGGAGCAGUACAUGUCGUUCCACAAACUACCGGCCGACUUCCGACAGAAAAUCCAUGACUACUACGAGCAUAGAUACCAGGGCAAGAUGUUUGAUGAGGAGAGCAUCCUGGAAGAGCUUAAUGAGCCUCUCCGUGAGGAAAUCGUCAACUUCAACUGCCGUAAGCUGGUGGCCUCCAUGCCGCUGUUUGCAAAUGCUGAUCCCAACUUUGUGACGGCCAUGCUGACCAAACUGAGAUUUGAAGUCUUCCAGCCCAGAGACUACGUCGUCAGAGAGGGCACCAUCGGCAAGAAGAUGUACUUCAUCCAGCACGGGGUGGUCAGUGUCUUGACCAAAGGAAGCAUCGGCAUGAAGCUGAUGGACGGCUCCUACUUUGGAGAAAUCUGUCUGCUGACCCGUGGCAGACGGACAGCCAGUGUGCGAGCAGACACCUACUGUCGCCUGUACUCUCUCUCUGUGGACAAUUUCAAUGAGGUGCUGGAGGAGUAUCCCAUGAUGAGGAGGGCUUUUGAGACGGUUGCCAUUGACAGAUUGGACAGGAUAGGCAAGAAGAACUCAAUCCUGAUGCACAAAGUUCAGCAUGAUCUGAACUCGGGUGUUUUCAACAACCGCGAAAAUGAGAUGAUCCAGGAGAUAGUUAAAUAUGAUCGGGAGAUGGUUCAGCAAGUUGAUGCACCACGAUCGCGGGCCAUGUCCAUGACACCUCCUCUGCAUGGUUCGAUGUUUACUCAUCCAUGUUCCUCCACCCAGCCCCAGAAUUCAGCAAUUGCCACUCUGCAGCAGGCCGUAGCCAUGAACUUUUGUCCCCCCAUGCAAGGAAACUCAGUGGGAGCGGGAAACCUACAGUCCCCCAGGAUGGUGAGGAGAUUCCAGGUGAUUGAAAAUGUAUCCAGCCCUGUCUCAGCCUCUCCACUGCAGUCUCAGCUCCUUGCUUCUGGUGCCUUUGCUCCUAUCCUGUCAAGCCCUCCUGUCCAGAGCCCACUAGCAGUUGGAGGACGAUCAUUUCAGUAUGGAUCCAGUGCCCUAGCUGGUCCCACCUCAGGCUCCCAGCUUUCUCUAGCCCAACAGCACAUAGCCAGCCCUGCACACAGGCCCAGCACACAUAAGAGUACCCAUUCCUUGCAAAUGGGAAGUCUGAGCCAAGACGCCAGGGCACUCUCAGCAUCUCAGCCCUCACUGCCUCAUGAGGGAGCGCAACCAGGUGCCCCUAGUCCACCCCAGUCUACACGAGUCUCCUCUACUUCCAUUGGACCCCCUCAGACCCCAUCAGGUCACACUGGUGUCCGGAGUGCUAUUCCACAUAGGGUGGUACUUCCCCACCAGAUGUCUGUGGGCGCCUUUCCUGUAGCAUCCCUGCCUGGUUCUGUGCAGAGUUAUGGGACUGGUCCAGGACUGGCAGUAGGGGGUGUGGGUACAGGUCUAGGAGACUCAGGACUACCCAAGAAGGACUCUAUAGCGAGCAUUCCUGAGAAAGACCACGUCAAAGUCAGAUCCAGGCUAUCCUCAAACUUGUGAUCUUAAUUAAAUCUUCUGAGGAGUGACUCAAUGAGGGGCUUGACUGCAGGGACACGGGGAGGGGAUUUACGAUCCUUCCUCUCUUCUCUACCCACUCUAGUUUGACUAUCCGAAUGUAUGAAUGUUGAGUGAGUGGCAGCAGGGAGAAUCUGAGAGGAGGCUAUUCUAACAUAAUAAAGUCUGUAUGGUGACUUUUAAAUCUGCAGCAUUGAGAUGUUUCUACUCACAGACCAUAGUAGUUGCACAGAAGUGGUAAAGUAGCAUCUUCCCAUCUCCAACUCCUUUAUUUGCUGUAUUUCACAAUAUAGUUAAUAAGAUAGGGGCAUGUUUGCUUCAUCAUUCUUUCAUUCACCUCAUUUAAUGCAAACUUGGGGUUGGAUGGCACUAAAAGAAAAUCAGGGACCUGCUUGAAAUAUCAGAAGUUGGCACUUCAAUAGGGUUUAACUACUGUAUCUACUACAUUUUGUCAGUUGGCUGGCUGUAAAAGAUAAUACAAAGGCAUAAUAACUGUGGUUUCAUAAAAAGUCAUAAAAAGUUUGAACAAUAAAAUGGUGUGUUUUUCUUGUGUUUCCUAAGAAUUCUUAUAGACCAAAUUUGUAAGCACAAAAUGAUUAAAAAAUAUUUAAUAAGAGAUAAUAUUGAAUAUGUUCAAUCCAAUAUUGUAAGCCAUAUUUGCCCCCCCCAUGUAGCUGCCCUCUUUUGUAAGUCUUCCUUGCCUCUGAUAGACCCCAAAGAUGUGGACCACAAUGAAUAUCCUUCUUAUUGAAAAUACAGCUGUGGGAGAAAUUGUGUAGUUCCAGCCAAGCCAUUGAUUUCUACAGGAAAUGUUUGCAAGUUUGUUUAAUUUAAAGCUGCAUUAAUCAAUAUAUUUUAUAUUAACAGUGAAUCAAAUUACUAAGAGUAAAUGGAAGUGAGUUGCACGUAGAGAUGAUUGUAUUGGUUUUAAUGCCCACAAAUUUUCUCUGCAGUUCAGUCUUAUUGGUAAUGAACCCUGUUUCAGGUAGCAAAAAACUACAAUCUGCACAUUUUGCAAGAUAAACAGCCAGAUAUUUUAUUUAGAAGUAGGUUCAGACUAAACUAGAUCUGGACAGGUCAAAACAUUACCUGUAAAAUUCAAUAUUGUUCUAUAUACUACUACUGUUGCUAGAGUUUUGACGUCUUCAGAUUUUCCCGUUUCCAUGCACCUUGGAAGUAGGUGAAGUUGCUAGAAAUCCCUACUGUGACUCUACAGGACUAAUCCAGAGAGGGGAUAAAAGGGAAUAAAUAUCAGACUUACAUCUGUGAGGUGGUCAGAAAGAGGACUCCAGCUGGAUUAUAGUGUUGCUUGUGUCUGCUGGAUUUGUAAGUAGGCACUUGUCUAACGACUAAAUGUCAGGACUGUGUCUGUCAGCUUGUUUUGCUGGUUGUGUGCCCCCGAGUGGUUAAAAAAUUGAUUAAUGCAGCUUUAAUAUUAAUGAACAAGAUCUAAUAAAAAUGUACCUGUUUAAAAGAAUCCUCUCAACAGCAGAUUUGAUGUCUGAAGUAACAGGUUUUUUGGACUGUUGUCAUGUGAGUAGUAAUAUCCCACACUUUGUUAAAGUAUUCUAUUGUAUCUUAUAAAUUAUAAUUCACUGCCAGUUAAUAACAAAGAAUUUUAUAUGACUGAAAUUGUAAAUCUAUUCACAUAAUCAAAAUAUAAAUCCAUCAUUUUCUAACCCUGAAUCUCGCAUUUCUUGUAGCAGCAGUUUGGGCAAUGUGACACUAUGCCAAAGUCUAUUCAUACAUAUUAUGAAACUCCUGCAAAGCUCAAUCCUACUGUAAACACUACUGUUUUGAUCCACAGCCAAGGACAGUGCAGAUACUGUGCAGGAUUUGCAGUGUGCCUCUGUCAUUAAUGCCUCAAUAAGAGUUCAUCGGAUGCCACUGAUUUGUGUCCAAAAGCAUUAGGAAGGGAACCUUUUCUCCCAGACCUGACAUUCUCUUCACCUCAUCUCACUAAUGCCUGAACCAUUACUGGGUAAUGAGAGUGGAAAUUGGAAUCCCUCUGAUCUGUUUGGGACUGUUAUUAUUCUCCUUCGACUGGAUUUCAUCAUACAGUACAGUGCCAACGAUGAGUUCCUCCACUAUGAUCAUUUUUGCAUUUUCAUUUUGUUUGGUGUUUUCAGUUCCUGCAUUGUUGUCCACCUUGAGAGUUCUGAAUGGGACAAAGUUGAAGGUUUGUAAGUAUUUUUAUACAGUGUUUUGGAGGUCUGUUGUUUUUGUUUUAUGCCCUAAAUUAUGCCCUGUGGAACCUAUUUGGAUGCUCAAAAAUAAUUACUAUAGACGCUUGUUAUGAGACUAGUGUUUUACUGGACUUCACAUUGUGUCCUGGAGGCACCAUCUUUAUUAUAGACAUUUUGUAUUUUACUGGGAAGCACACAGUAGAGGAAGACAAUUAAGCAGAAAGUAAGGACAUCAGAUGGAUUGCAAAAGGCUCAGCAGCUAAACCUAAAUCACAAGCAGAUAUUGGUAACUCAACCCUACAAUUUUAAUAAAAUAUGAGUAAUGAACAGAUUGAAAUCAAAGUUUCAAGAGUUUCAGGCUAGAAUUCUUUUGUAUGCAAAUGUUAAGUUAUGAAUGGCACGUCACAGAUUGAAUCAUUCGCACUGACUAAACACAAAUCAGACAAUAUUACACGAAACUCAUUCAGUCAUAUUGUAGGAAAGUGAUGAAUAGCACGCAAAGCAAUAACUGUUAAAAAAAAAAGUGUCAGUUUAUGCAGAUGAUGUUCUGUUGUACCAUUGAGGUGUAAAUGGAAACGCAAUAUUUCACCUUUUUGGAUCUAUUUCCCAAACUUUACGGAGGAUUUCUGUUUUUUUGGAAGAACUUAGAAGAUAUUCAGAUAUAAAACACACUCUUUUGUGACAAUAACUUGAUUGACAAUGGUUGUAAUUUCUAUGUGUAAACAUAGUGUUCAUCAUGUAAACCAGACUAUUUAUUUAUUUAGCCUAGUUUACUGUAACUGUAGACAUACUGAAAUAUGUGAAAAUGGAAUAUCUUUUAAAUCUUUGCAUAUUAUCAUCCGAGAUGAACUGAUAUUACUUGAGCAUAUAAUUAAAGCAGAGCAAAACUGUUUGCAUUAACAAAAGAUGUAUCACUUCUUUUUCUACAGUCGCUCACAGUACCACCCACAGUUUGUAUAUAAUCCUGUGCCAGUUGCUGUGCGGUCUGCAUGGUUUCUAUUGUGUUUGUUUUAUUUGAUUAUUUAUUUUUCUAAUCUCACACCCCAGUCCAUUUGCAAAGCCUGGUCCUUCAUAUCUUAUCUCUUUUAUGCUAUUACUGCUGUCAUCUAAUCAGCAUGUUGCCUAAAACUCUGUAAAUGCUUUUUACAGUUACUUUUCUCUCUUUUUGCAACUUUACAAACAUAUUUAGUGUUAUGUAAAUGCUACGACGAGUCAGCUGAUCAGUUUUUAUCAGUACAGCUGAAAGGCUUUGCACACCAAGCAGACAACAUCAACAGAUCUGGUCCUUUUUUCUGUCUUCAAUGCCACAGCUUCUCCAGAGUUCAAACUAUUGCCCAUUCCAAUUUUUAUUCAAAUGUGUUUCUGGGAUCAUCAAUGACAGUAAAGCACGGAGAUUCAGAGUGUUAAAAAAAUGUUUACCUACAAGGGCUGUUCAUGUAGAUUGAGCGAUGAUGUGAUUUUGUGUCACACACACAAAGUAUAUUCAUGCAAAUGAGUUUGGAUUAUUUCUCUCCUACUGGCCAGUAACGACCACGCCGACACUGACAAAUAUAUAAUGCACUUUUUAUAUUAGUUAGUUCUGUAUUUUACAGGAUACACUAUGAUUCAAUAUCAAACACCAAUCAUUUAUUUGUUAUUUUCUUUACAUUAGUGGUUUUUGUUGGCUUAAAGGAGAAGCGUUGGUAUUUUUCAACUUGGACCUGAACUUGCAACGUUUUUGUGUCUAAGUGACUAAUGGGGAAAACAUUUUGAAAUUGGUCCAUUAUUGAGUGAGAAAACAAAUGGGCAUAAGAGUGGAGAGUGAAAUACUUCAGGGCAAUUGCUGCCAAUGUACAGUAUGUUCGCUUGCUUUUGCCACUGACAGGCUCUGAUUGUUGUUGUAAGUGUCUGACAAGAUCACGGAAAGGACCCUACCCAAAACCCGAAGCCCUUUUAGCACUUUUAGUAGACAUACGUUAACAGUAGCCCGUAGUAUAACACACUGCAGCCCAUUUCACUGCUGUCGAAUAUUUGAGCAAUUUCAAAAAAUGUUGUCUUCAUUAGUCACUUGAAAAAUACCAGUUUACCUUUAACUCUUCAUUGCUUUCUCUCUCAGAUCCCAGACCUGUGAGUGUGUAAUUGCAUUCAAUAAUACAGUUACUGAUUACAAAGCUAACACCAAUACUAAAAUCAAUCCAUACUUUGGCAUUACAGACACACACAGGCAUGAUAAUGUACACUGACAUCUUCACCAGUAAUCCUGAAUUCUCUUGAAGCAAACAGUCGAUCUCAGGCAGUCACUGUCUGUGAAAUCAGAUACUUAUAGUGCAGGUGCAAGUGUUUCCUUGACAGGGACCUGAUUUUCUUUUAUUGAGCCAGUCUACAGUUGUCACAUCCCAUAACAUGUACUGUGCAUACCUAGUGCCUAGUAAAUAUUGUAGUCUCCACAUACAUAUUAUAUUCGUUGUGUGUGGCUGUAAAAAUAAAAAAAAUAAAAAUAAAUGCAAGCUCCGUACAAUGCAAACAUCAGUCAGUUAUAUCCCACUGCGAUACAUGUAAAAAUGAAAAAGAAUAAAUUGUAUUUGAAUACAGUAUGAAUUCACUGCUUUAUAUUUAGGUCAGUCAUUUCAGUUAGUGUAUUGGAAAAGCACAAACAGGUUUAGUGGUUUUGCAUAUCCUCAAUAUAAACAGAACUUCUUAAUGCAAUAAAGGCAUGUGAUGGUGAAUGCCUCUGCUUUCUGUUAGUCAUGAUGUAAUUGUUCGUGUGUCAAAGGUACAAUGGCAUCUGAAUAUUUGUUAUUGAUUGUUUACCUUCCUACUGAUUUAACAGCUUCUGAUUAUCUGCCUGGUUAUCAAGAGAUAAAACCUUCAAACUCAGUAAAAAGAUUGGAUUAUUUCUUGUGUGGAAAGCUUUCAUUAUAAAAUGUGCUUCCUGAUUUCACUUAUCAUUUCCUGAAGCUACAUUAAGAUCUAUUACACUUCCCUCCACCU